GUGAAGUGGAACCUCUGAACUGAGUUAGCUUUUACGUCAGGGUUUCAUUUUUAGCAGCGCAGGAAGAUCAGCUGCUGUCAAAUUUAAGCAAAGUUGCAGUACAAAUAAAGACGUUUAUCGCGUAAUUGAAAUGCUUAACGUUAAAUCAAAAAUAAAGUAGAUACUUGUAAAAUUUUACAGAAUUAAAGAAACUUGGUUUGUUGAAAGAUUCAUAUUGAGCUGUUGAGAUUUUGUUGCAGUCGUCAGUAGUUCAAAGUCUGCGCGUUCAUUCAGCGUAAUCAACCGGCGUGCUGUAUUGAUGGCAGAUCCCGGUAACAGCUCCACUCUCCCCAAAACGCUCAACUUUAACGUCGGUGUCCUCGGCCAUGUGGACAGCGGCAAAACGUCGCUUGCCCGGGCGCUUAGCAGCACCGCAUCCACCGCAGCUUUUGACAAGAACCCGCAGUCCAAAGAGCGAGGCAUCACGCUGGAUCUCGGGUUCAGUGCGUUUACAGUACCUUUUCCUGAACACCUAAGUGAAGCUUGCGGGGACCGAAAAUAUGAGAGCCUCCAGUUCACACUGGUGGACUGCCCGGGCCAUGCCUCCCUCAUACGCACUAUAAUCGGGGGGGCUCAGAUCAUUGAUCUGAUGAUCUUGGUGGUUGACAUUGUCAAAGGUAUGCAGACGCAAACAGCAGAGUGCCUUCUGAUAGGUCAGCUCACCUGCUCCCGCAUGGUGGUCAUCCUCAACAAAAUUGACCUGUUGCCUAGUGACAAGAGACAAGGGGCAAUUGACAAGAUGACUAAGAGGAUGCACAAAACUCUUGAGAACACUAGAUUUAAAGACUGCCCUGUGAUUGCUGUGGCAGCAAAACCAGGUGGUCCUGAGGCGCCUGAUACAGAGGAGGCACAAGGAAUCACUGACCUUAUAGAAUUACUGAAGGCCCAGGCCUUCCUCCCUCAUAGAGAUCCAUCCGGGGCUCUUCUUAUGGCAGUAGAUCACUGCUUUUCCAUCCGUGGCCAGGGAACAGUCAUUACCGGCACCAUCCUACAAGGAUCACUCAGCGUCAACGAUACUGUGGAGAUACCAGCUUUAAAGGUCACCCGCAAAGUGAAAUCUGUCCAGAUGUUUCGUAAGCCAGUUUCCAGUGCCAUACAGGGUGACCGGGUUGGUGUGUGCGUGACACAGUUUGACCCAAAGCUUUUGGAACGAGGUGUAGUAUGCACACCGGGUUCUUUGCGAACUCUGUACGCUGCUGUCAUAUCCGUCCAAAAAAUCGAAUACUAUCGCGGUGCCCUAAGCAGCCGUGCAAAGUUUCACAUCACCAUCGGACACGAAACCGUCAUGGCGCGCAUUUCAUUCUUCAAUCGAGUGCUUCCCGGGAACCAAAAUGGAGAUUGUAGUCCCGCCUCUCAAGACUCUUUCUCUUUUGCCUGGGAAUUUCACCACCUGGAUGAGUUUUUGACUUGUCAGGCAGAAGGUGAGAGACGGGAGCUACAGCAAUGGGCGUUGCUCGAGUUCGAAAGGCCGGUCACGUGUCCCCCGCUCUGCUUAGUGAUUGGGUCACGGCUGGACUCGGAUAUUCACGGUAACACAUGCAGGCUCGCCUUUCACGGAAAGCUGCUGGAAGGGUUCGAGGACAAAAACUACACGGAAACAGCGCUGCCUCGACUCAAAAUCAGCAAAAACAAGCAGAAGGAGGGGGCGGUGGAACGGGUGACUGAUGACUACACUGUGAUUGGUCGAAACCUGUUUAAGAAGGAGACCAACCUUCAGCUGUUUGUUGGUUUAAAAGUUACACUGUCGACUGGAGAAACGGGGACUAUUGAAGGUAGCUUUGGACAGAGCGGCAAGAUCAAAAUCAGAAUACCAGAGGGUUUGAAAGAAGAAACCAAGCAGCUUCUGUCCUCUACCUCUAAGAAAAAGGGCAAGGGUGGGACAAAAAACGAAUCUCCCAAAUCAGAGGAAACCAAACAUGACUCUCAGCCAGUCACCAUUCACCUAAACUUUAAACGUUAUAUUUACGACCCCCAUAAAAAAAUGGUGCAGUCGUGACACUCACAAUUGUGAUUCUGGGUGAGACCACUUAAGAAGAGUGCAAAGGGGAGGUUGCAAAAACCACAGCGUGCUGCCUAGUCAUAUCAAAUUCUGAAUAUAUAGUAAUACGGUGCGAGUUGGCACCUUUUGUUAUGUUUUCUUUGCGUGCAGAGCUUCAAUUAUUUUACAAAAUCUAUAUGAGAGUGAGAGGGGUUAUGCAUAAAGGUUUGUAUGUAUACACACAUUUUUCUUUCGGAAAACACACAUGUAUAAAUACUCAUUUUUCCAAUCCACAACUGAAUGUGUGUGCGCUAGUGCCUAUGCAAAUGUGAUUAUUUUUCAAUUAAAUAAAUAAAGAUAAACACAAGUUACACAACUAAAAAAAGCAAUGCUUAACCUUUAAAACAAUCUUAUCAUUGUUUACCAUUUUGCAUUACAUAUUUGCAUAUCUAUUCCUGCUUCAUUAUGGCAAAAAGCAACUGUACCUAAAUACUCAAUGCCACCUGUAUUAAACUUCCCUGUUUGUACCUGA